AUGGACAGACUGGGGAAUGACGUGCUGGAAAGCAGUGUUGGGAGGGACCUGGGGAUCCUGGUCAAUGGCCAGUUGGACAUGAGUCAGCAGUGCCCUGGCAGCCAGGAGGGCCAAUUGUGUCCUGGGGGCAUCAGGCAAAGCAUCGUUGGCCAGGCCAGGGAGGGGAUUGUCCCAGUCUGCUCUGACCUAGGGCAGCCUCACCUGGAAUAUUGGGAUAUUAAUGAAUGUAAUGAGAACGCCAACAUCUGCCUCUUUGGGUCUUGUACAAACAUCAAAGGAGGUUUCCAGUGCAUUUGUCCUGCAGGUUUUGUGCUCUCUGAUAAUGGACGGAGAUGUUUUGAUACUUGUCAGAGCUUCUGUUUCACUAACUUUGAGAAUGGGAAAUGCUUAGUGCCAAAGGCUUUCAACACCACAAAGGCAAAGUGUUGAUGCAGUAAAAUGCCGGGAGAAGGAUAGGGUGAUCCUUGCGAGCUCUGUCCAAAGGAAGAAGUUGCUUUUCAGGACCUGUGUCCUUAUGGUCAUGGAACUAUUCCUGGAAUUAAUGAUACCCAUGAAGAUGUCAAUGAAUGCCUUGAGAGCCCAGGAAUUUGCUCCAAUGGUCACUGUAUCAAUACUGAUGGAUCGUUCUGCUGUGAGUGCCCCAUGGGAUACAGCUUGGAUUUUACUGGAGUACAUUGCAUCAAUACUGAUGAAUGUUCAAUUGGCAACCCGUGUGGAAAUGGUACGUGCACUAAUGUGGUUGGCAGUUUUGAGUGCAGCUGUCAUGAAGGAUUUGAGCCAGGCCCAAUGAUGAAUUGUGAAGAUAUAAAUGAGUGUGCUCAGAACACCUUGCUGUGUGCUUUUCGUUGUGUCAACACCCAUGGUUUCUACGAGUGCACCUGCCCAGUCGGGUACAAACUGAGAGAAGACAGAAAGAUGUGCAAAGAUCUAGAUGAGUGUGCUGAAGGUCUCCAUGACAGUGAAUCAAGAGGCAUGAUCUGCAAAAAUUUGAUUGGUACCUUCCUGGGCAUUUGCCCUCCUGGGAUGACCUGGAGACCUGAUGGAGAAGGAUGUAAAGAUGAAAACAAGUGCCAGACCAAGCCAGGUGUCUGUGAAAAUGGUCGUUGUGUGAAUGUUGUUGGGAGCUACAGAUGUGAAUGUAAUGAAGGGUUCCUAUCAAGUCUAUCAGGCAUUGAGUAUCUUGGUAAGUGCCUCUUUUGUACAUAUUUCAUCUUAAAGUGUAAAGGAUACAGACAGUGAAUUAGAACCUAACAGCUCUCAUAUCUACAGAAAUGAAAUAAUCCUCCU